ACAAAGGAACAGUUCUUCCCGGUUCUUCGUCGAAUGUGGAUUGUUGAGCAUUAUAUAGAACAUGUCGAAAAAUGCAUUUUAUUUCUUUGCUCUUGACUGGGCGAAAGAGCAAAAGAAGCGUGGUAUAUCUGUCCCAAGAAAUAUGAAAGAACUUUCAUCACUUUGUAGCGAAGACUGGAAGAAUCUUCCUCCACAUGAAAAAGGAAUUUAUAAGUCUAGAGCAAAAAAUAACAAGAUAAAAGACCAGAUAACAGUAGGUAAUAGAACUACAAUUGGUGAAAAUGUAGCUCAGCUAGAGUUAGAGCAAAAGAGAGAGGAGGAAUUUCAACAAAACAUGCUUCAAUAUAUAGAAUCUAUAGUUUGUAUGGGUGUACAACAUAAUAAUUUGCAAAAUCUAAAAUUCAUAUUUAUACAUGUCAAUUGGUUUUAUAGAAGAGACAUAGGAAUUAACAAGUAUGACUUUUGUCCUGCAGAAUUUGCAGUUGCAGAAUUUAGUAUACAAAAUGGUAUUCAAAAUAUAUACCAUGAAAUAUUAAAGGUAAAAAUACCUUUAGGAUGGAAAAGAGAUGCACUAGAAACCAGUCAGGAAACACACCAAAUCCCUAUAGAAUUAGAUGAUGGAGAAUGUGACUUCGCACUUAUGUAUAAUAAGUUCUCCAAAUUUAUGAAAAGUAAUAAGACUGGGAGAAGGUAUCCUCCAUUGUUCACUAUGAAAAACUUAUGUCCUGUUGUAGAAUCACUGCUACAGAGAUUGAAUGAAGCAAGCGGUGAAUCUGUUGAUGACUAUCUAAUCUAUUCGAUAGAAGCACUGUUUGCAGAACUACGAAACGCUGCUGUACGGAGCGUAGACAAUCGCAGCAUUCCUCUUGUUCUUGCCGAAAUGGAAUUUGCAAAAGACUUCUUAUCCAGUACACGUGGCUUCGAGUGUGAAUUCCAUAAAAUUGUAGAUGUACCUCAAUACUGCAGCAAAUCUAUAGUAACAAGAUGGGGUAUGACGAUAUGUGAUUAUUGCUGUGAAUACAUGAAUAUUGAAAUGAUCGAAGGUGUGCAUUGCCCAUACAAGAAUUCCCUCGAAUUUAAUAAGGAAGAUGCUGCUACCGCAAACACUGAUGACAUUGAUCUGAAGAUAAAGGCUUUAAAAAUAAUGGAAAAGAGGAUAACAAUUGCUGAUGUGAAUGGAGUAUCUGAAGAGUAUAGGGAUAAGGUAUCUUCACGAUCUUACGAAGAAGAGAAAAAUAGACGAAUGGAGAGUAAAGUGGACAUAAUUGAUCAUGCUAAAGCUAGUACAUCCCAAUCCAACACCGCAGCUCUAAAUUUGCCAAUGCGCCCAUUGCGAGCACCGAAAACGAUGGCUAAAGCUCUUAGUGGAACACAGGAAACCUUCGACCUUUUAAACGAUGUUACCAAUUUUCCUCCAAUUGGAGGACGAGGUACAGUUAGGAAAGAUACUACAAAGUUAAAAUUGCCUUUGGGCAGAGGACGUGCAAAAUGAUAGGACAAAUAGCUUUUGGUAUGAAAGAGAUUGGACUUUUUCUAUGACUACAAAUUCGUAUGGAAUCUUUGAAAUACGCUCUUACCAAUAAGACUUACAUAACUUGUGUGUAAUUUAUUUUAUGAAAAAAGAACAAUAUUUUGUUACAAACUUAGACAUAAAAAAAGAUGAAAGUUCAUAAAGAAAAUAUACGAUUAAUUUUUAAUGAAA